AUGGCACCAUCAACAUUACCAAAUCUCGACAAUACCUCUUCCGAAUCCUCAAAUCGUCCCAAGAUUCUCAUUCCAGAAAAGGUAUCAGUCGAUGGUCUUACUCUCUUAGGUAAUAGAUUCGAAAUCCAUCAACCUAAAAACCUGUCACCUGCCGAUCUUCUAGAAAUAAUUCCUCACUACUCUGCUCUCAUCAUUCGAUCAGAAACAAAAGUUACAGCUGAGAUUCUCGCUGCUGCGAAAAAUCUCAAGGUGGUAGCGAGAGCAGGAGUAGGUGUGGAUAAUAUUGAUGUAGAAGCUGCGACGAAACAUGGAAUCAUCGUGGUUAAUUCUCCGAGUGGAAAUAUUGCGGCGGCGGCAGAACAUACGAUUGCGCUUUUGAUGGCGGUGGCGAGGAAUGUGCCGGCUGGGGAUAGGUCGUUGAGGAAUGGAGGGUGGGAGAGAGGAAAACUUGUAGGCACGGAAGUUGGAGGGAAGAUUUUGGGGGUUGUGGGGCUGGGGAAGGUGGGAUUGAAAGUUGCGAGGAUGGCGGUGGGGUUGGGGAUGAAGGUUUGGGCGAUGGAUCCGUAUGCUAGUCCGCAGAUUGCGGAGGCAAAUGAUGUGCUUCUUGUGAAGGAGCUGGGAGAGUUGUUGCCGGUGGUAGAUUUUUUGACGAUUCAUACCCCGCUUAUUGCUAGUACGUUGGAUCUAAUCGGGAAAGAGAAAUUGGCAAAGAUGAAGAAAACUGCAAAGGUACUCAAUGUAGCAAGAGGAGGAGUCUAUAACGAACAAGCUCUCCUCGAUGCUCUCGACGCCGGUAUCAUCGCAGGAGCAGGUCUCGACGUCUUCACAUCCGAACCUCCAACCCUUUCCUCCCCCGCUCAAAAACUCACUCAACAUCCUAAAGUCGUCGCAACUCCUCAUCUCGGCGCUUCGACAAUCGAAGCUCAAGAAUCGGUUUCGGUGGAUGUGUGCACACAAGUUCGUGCUAUUCUCUCUGGAGGUCUCCCUACUUCUGCUGUCAACGCACCUCUGAUUCUCCCUGAAGAAUACAAAAAACUCCAACCGUUUGUCAAAUUGAUGGAGAAGAUGGGAGGCUUGUACACGCAACAUUAUCGUGGAAAGGGCGUGGGAGGCAAAAAAUUCGAGGUGAUUUAUGAGGGGGAACUUGCGGGGAUAGCUAAUACGCGUCCGCUUUUUGCCGCGUUGGUAAAGGGAUUGGUGGGGAGUAUUAGUGAACGCGGAGGAAGAGAUGUGAAUAUUGUGAAUGCGAGUUUGUUGGCGAAGGAGAGGGGGAUUGUGAUUAGUGAGACGCAUGUUAGUGAGAGUAAGUAUCUGGUUUAUGCGAGUUUGGUGACGUUGAAGGUUGAGGGUGGGGGUGCGGGAAAUGGAAAUGGGAAUGGAAAUGGUCAUCAGAUUAUAAGUGGUUAUGUAAGUGAUCGCGGAAUUUUCAUUAGUAGACUUGAUCGCUUCAAUACGAGUUUUGCACCCGAGGGAACAUUGUGUUUGUUGAGGAAUAAUGAUGAGCCCGGGAAGAUUGGAGUGGUAGGGGGGAUUCUGGGUAGAGCGGGGAUUAAUGUGAGGUUUAUGAGUGUAGCGGCUUUGGAUAAGAAGGGAGGGAAGAGUGGAAAUGGGGAUGAGAGAAUGCAGGGUGAGGAGAUUAAAAUGAGGCGUUGA